UAGCAAAGGUGCUUUCUAAAUGUAGGCAAUUUGACAUGUUACUUUCGUCUUUUCGAUCCUGUAAGGUUGUGACAGGCUUCCAGAGCGGCAUACGAGGUUGCAUAUGGGCAUCUUUUGGUUUUUUAGGCGGUGGCAGUGUUGCAAAUAUGGACCAAAUGAGUGGUUCUAAGCGUUAUAGCUCUGACAUGGCAGAGUUCAGGAAACACUUUGACAAGGCGUCUCACAUCGUUGUGUUGACAGGAGCUGGAAUAAGUGCUGAGAGUGGGGUGCCCACUUUCAGGGGUGCAGGUGGAUUCUGGAGGAGAUGGCAAGCACAGGAUCUUGCUUCUCCAAAUGCUUUCCGCAAAAAUCCUUCAUUAGUGUGGGAGUUCUAUCAUUACAGAAGAGAGGUCAUGGCCUCUAAGGAGCCAAACAAGGCUCACCUGGCUCUAGCUGAGUGUGAGGAAAGAUUACAGAAACAAAACAGGAGAGUUGUCAUUAUCACUCAGAACAUAGAUGAACUUCACAAGAGAGCUGGCUCUAAGAACAUUCUUGAGUUGCAUGGUAAUUUAUUCAAAACCAGAUGUACUCAGUGUGGAGAUAUUCAGUAUAACAGGGAUAGCCCCAUAUGUUUUGCCUUGGCAGGGAAGGGGGCUCCUGAUCCCGAGGCAGAAGAUGCUAGGAUCCCAGUGGAUCAGCUUCCUCGGUGUAAAAAACCUGAUUGUGGUGGAUUAUUACGUCCACAUGUUGUUUGGUUUGGUGAAAGUUUGGACUCCAAUGUGAUGAGGAGGGCAGAGGAGGAACUUGAUAGCUGUGAUCUGUGUUUAGUGGUAGGAACUUCAUCUGUUGUUUACCCGGCAGCCAUGUUUGCCCCCCAGGUGGCCAGAAGAGGAGUGCCCGUAGCAGAAUUCAAUAUAGAAGAAACUAGUGCUACAGACUCAUUUGGGUUUCACUUCUCGGGGCCUGCAGGUGAAAAUGUACCUCAAGCCCUUGCCCCCACAGAGAAUGAACCGGCUACAUAGCAACCAGCUCAAUUUGAAAAGUGCUGAGUCGGACAACCCAGUUUCUUUCUUUAUAAUUGAAAAGAGGCUUCUUCAUGUGCUUUUGAUAUCAUCUCUUGGGUUCAAGGCUUAAACCCCAUUUGCACUGGUCACCAAAUUACGAAGAAUUUAUUUUUUGAGAAAUACAUAUGUGGCGAGAUGGUUAAAAAUCUAUUGAUAAAUGUCAUCUAGUUUUUCUAUGGACGAUUUAAGAUACUUUACAUUAUUAUGGUAUCGACAUCCAAUUCAAGUUUAUAUGGUGAAAAUUUAUUAUGCAUUGUUAAUAUUUUUUUUUCCCCACCCAAGAAUGUAAUUUUCCUGUUUAUUAUUACUAUUUUAAAAUUUACAUGUACUUCAAAUGUAUGACAGCAAUUUGAAAAUACUUGGGACAAUUAUGACACUGGAAACUUUGAAAAGAUAAAGGCAUUUAUAAACUAACCAAACAUUUCUUUAAAAUAUUUUUAUUUCCCUCUUCAAGCAAGAGUUAACAAUGCAUAAAAAGCCUAAAAGCAAAUGAUUACCCUGUACCUACAAGCUUGCUUAUGUAUAAUACCAGAAUCAAGAUGCUGUGACAUAUUCUGUAAGAAAAUGCAGCAUUGCGAGAUAUCCACUGAAAAACUGUCACUAUUU